GAGGUAGUGGUAUGUUGAUGCACCUUAUCUGUUUUGUAUUUCAAUCUUUAUAUUUUGCGAAGCGUACCAAUAUUAUUAUCAAUGAAAACAUGUUGCAAAAUCCUAUUACAACUUGAGCCAACGUUCGCCGAAAAAAGAAAAUACUGCAACUAUUAUUUUAAAUUAGUCAAUUGAUAAAAUUAUGUUUAAAUGUAAUUUUUAAUUUUGAAUAGUCGUUAGUUCUAAAGGUGCGAGCUGUCAUCGAAUAAUUCCUUGAUUGGUUUACGCGUUUUUAUUUAUAUUUUAAUAUGUGUCGUUUCAAAUUUUUAGUGCCAUUUUAAUUUAAGAAUAAAAAAUGAAAACGAUACUUUUGUUGAGUUUUUAUAUUUUGGGUGCGAUCACCUUAUCUAGUGUUGUGUCAUUAUCCAUUUACAAUGAUGAUGCUUUAUCGGUUUUUCAAAGCAACUUAAAUUUUGAUGAUGAUAUUUUCACAAUAAAUGAACAUCGUAUACCAAAUUCUCCUAGUAGAAUCAAACGUAGCAGUUCCAUACCGUUAAAGUUGUCUGAGAAUAAUAUAACAUCUAAAGUAACAUAUUUAAAUGAGAGUCGACAACAGUUGAUGGUGCACUGGGUUGGUGAAAAUUCCAAUGUAAUAAUAUGUCUAGCUCGCGAAGGUGGUGGUCUUUCCUCUGCUGUGUAUAUUUCUUAUGACUAUGGUGACACAUAUCAAAAUAAAACAGAAAAUUUUAAAGUUGACACUACUCAAAAUUUAUAUGCUUCAAUUGACAAGUUUUACAUACAUCCUACAUUUAAAUCUUAUUGUGUUUAUACAGAUGUUGUUAACCAUAAAAUUUUCACUACAAUUGAUCAUAGUGUUACUAUCAAAUCAAUACAAUUAUCUUUUGUGCCAAGUGAAAUAGCUUACAGACCUGAUAUACCAUUUGUAUUUGUUGUUCAUGACAAAGUCAGUCCAACUAAACAACUAUGGAUAACGCAUGAUUUUGGAAAAACUUGGUCUGUGCUUGAAGAACAUGUUAAAGCAUAUUUUUGGAUUCCAGUUACAUGGAGUUUGUACAGACAAGGUUACUCCUUUAUCAUUCAGCGCGAGGAAUCCCUUACUACAUCUAAUGUUAUUGCCGUAUCUGAAAAUGUUAAUUUUGGACAGAAUAACUUAACUACCUUAGCUGUUAAUGUUCUUCAGUUAAAAGUUAAAGAUGACUUUAUGUUUAUGACUACUCAACUAUCAAAGAAUAAUUUAGAUUUGCUUAUCAGUUAUAAAGGAGGAAAUCUUAUUCGAGCUCGCUUUGACACUGAACUUGAUAAACAGGAUUAUUUAGUUACUGAUAUUACUUCUAAUAGAAUUAUGGUGGCUGUUGCUCAUACCCGUACAUUAUCUAAUCUAUAUGUAUCUGAUGUUUUUCAAUCGGACAAAGACACCAUAACAUUUAGUUUAUCUCUUGAAAGAGUGGUUGCAUAUUUUCCCAAUGUGACAUGGACAGAAUCAUUGAUAAGUGACUUAUGGGCGGAACCAUUUGCUGAUGUUCAUAAAGUUAAAGGACUUCAAGGAAUUUAUAUUGUUUCCCAGAUUUUAUCUGGAAUGCCAAUGGGUAGUGUAGAUAUUGCACCAGAACAUCUUGUAACAUUAAUCACAUUUGAUUGGGGUAUUGAAUGGAAGCCACUAAAUGUGACACGCUCAUUUUCUCACUGUGAAAAAGCAGAGAAUUGUUCAUUACAUUUAAGCCAAAUGUUUGCUCAUGUAUAUCCUGUUACUAGAACACACACAUUUAUUUUAUCUUCUGUGUCUGCUCCUGGUAUUAUAAUGGCAACUGGUGUAGUUGGAAAAUCAUUAAAAGGCAAUCCUGGUGUUUUUCUAAGUAGAGACGCUGGUCUUACAUGGAAACAGGUUUUAAAAGAAAUGCAUUUUUAUAAUAUGGGUGAUCAUGGAGGUGCUUUGAUUGCUGUACGUUACUAUAAAUCUGAAAAAGAAGAAACAAGCCAAAUUAUUUACUCAAUAGAUGAAGGAGAAACAUGGCUUGAAAAAAACUUUACUAAUACUAAAAUUAAAGUAUAUGAACUAAUGACUGAACCUGGUGAAAACACAACUGUUUUUACUAUGUUUGGUUCAGUAAUGGAAAAACAUGAAUGGUUGAUAGUUAAAAUUGAUUUAAGAAAUGCUUUUUCCCAUAACUGUACAAAAGAUGAUUACAAACUCUGGUCACCUAGUUCUACCAAAAGCAAUUUAAAAACAUCAUGUGUUCUUGGUCAGACACAAGUAUUUCAAAGAAGAGCUCCAAAAGCAAAUUGUUAUAAUGGACUAAAUUAUGCUCGGCCAAUACAAACAACAGUAUGUGAUUGUGAUGUUGACGAUUUUACAUGUGAUUACGGUUUCACAUGGUUAUCUAGUUCUAAACAAUGUGUUCGAAAUAAAACAAGUAGUAUUGAUCCUUAUAAAAUACCAUCAUUUUGCAAACCAGGACUAAUGUAUAAUCGAACAAAAGGCUAUCGAUUAAUACCUGGAGACUCUUGUAAACGUGGACGUUCUCUAGAAUUUUUGCCUCAAGAAGUUCCUUGUCCUUUUGAGGAAAAACAAGAAUUUCUCUUGGUGGCACAAAAAGAACGUAUCAUUAGAUUAGAUUAUGGUGAAAAACCAUUUGAAGUAUUACCUGUUCGUAAAUUAGAAAAUGUUAUUGCUGUUGAAUUUGAUGUAAAAAAUAAUUGUGUCUUUUGGGCUGAUAUUGUAACAGAUACCAUUGGGCGACAAUGUCUAUCUGAUGGUAAAGAAGGACCAGAAAUUUUAGUAGAUUCUGGUUUAAGUAGUGUUGAAGGUAUGGCUUAUGAUUGGGUUUCAAAACAUCUUUAUUUUGUUGAUGGUGCUUCAUCGAAAAUUGAGGUUAUACGCACAAAUACUAAAAUACCUGGCCAUAUGCGUCGAACAGUUGUUGGUCCUACAUAUUUAAAAAAACCUAGAGGCAUUGCUGUUCACCCUAGGGCAGGUUAUCUAUUUUGGACUGAUUGGGCUGUCGGGGAGGCAAAAGUUGCUAGGUCUAACUUAGAUGGUUCAGAUGUGAAAACUUUAGUUAGUAAUGAUUUAGUGGAAUGGCCUAAUGGCGUCACAGUAGAUUACAUUGCUGAAAGGAUAUAUUGGGUUGAUGCUCGUCAUGAUUACAUAGCAUCUAGUGAUUUACACGGACAUAAUUUUAAAAAAAUAAUAAAAAAUGAUGAAAAAGUAUCUCAUCCAUUUGCAGUAGCAGUUAUAAAAGAUUGGAUAUACUGGGAUGAUUGGAAACAAAACUCAAUAUUUAUGUCAGAUAAAGAUCAUGGUGUCAAAAUACAAACUAUUGCUUCUCAUUUACCUGGAUUAAUGGAUUUAAAAGUGUUUUCUCACAUGUCUCAAGUGGAUACAAAUGAAUGUGCCAACAAUAAUAUUUGCUCCCAUUUUUGUUUUGGCUUACCGGAUCAAAAAUUUUCUUGUCAAUGUCCAGACAAUAUGAACAAAUCUGGCAAUAUAUGUCUUUGUCCUGGUCUGAAAGAACCAUUUGCAAAUGGAUCUUGUCCAUCAGUUGGUCAUACUUGUUCAGCUGAUUACUUCCAAUGUGCUAAUAGUAAUUGUGUUCCAAAAUAUUGGCAAUGUGAUGGUGAUAAUGAUUGUGGCGAUAAUUCAGAUGAAGUAGAAAAAUGUACUAAAGUAUCAUGUGGCCCAAGUUCUUUUCAAUGUAAUAAUGGUAAAUGCAUUCCUUCUUAUUGGACUUGUGAUUUUGAUCCAGAUUGUGAAGAUGGUUCAGAUGAACUUGAUUGUAAGUAUUCUAACUGUUCAGAUGGUCAGUUCCGCUGUAAAAAUGGACGAUGUAUUACAAUGCAUUGGCGAUGUGACUUAGAAGAUGAUUGCCAUGAUGGUUCUGAUGAACUGGAUUGCCCAAAUGUUACUAAUAAUUCAUCAUCUACUUGUCCACCAAGUAGUUUUCACUGUCCUGGUACUUCUAACACUUGUAUUCCUUCUAAAUGGCAAUGUGAUGGUGAGAAAGAUUGUCCUGAAGGAAAAGAUGAAUUGAAUUGUGGGCCUACAACUUGUGAAUCGUGGCAAUUUGAAUGUGCUAACAAAAAAUGUAUAUUUGCCUCUUGGAAAUGUGAUGGAGAUGAUGAUUGUAAUGAUGGCCAUAAAAGUGAUGAACUUAAUUGUACAUCUACUUCUAAGCCAUAUCCAGUUAAUCCAACUACACCUUCACUGCCUUUUAACAUAAAUGGUUCAUGCAAUGAAUGGUUGUUUCGCUGUGGAAAUGGAAAAUGUAUUCCAUAUUGGUGGAAGUGUGAUAAAGUUAUAGACUGUGAAGAUGGAUCAGAUGAAGAACAAUGUGGAUCAUUGCCACCAAUUGAAACAAAAAAAUCUACUACUGAGUCUCCUUCAAAAGGCACCUGUCUACCACAUUAUUUUCAAUGCAAUUCUGGCUUAUGCAUUGAAGAUUCAUGGGUAUGUGAUGAAAUAAAUGAUUGUGAUCAAGGUGAAGAUGAAGCUGAUUGUAAAAACAGUAAUUUUGUUGGACUUUGUAAAAAUAACAGUAAAGAAUUUAAAUGUCGUAUAUCUGGAUCAUGCAUAGCAAUUGAAAAAGUUUGUGAUGGUACCCCUCAAUGUCCUGAUGCUAGUGAUGAAACGUUUUGUUCAAAUAAUACUCAAACUCCCAGCACACCGAGUUGUGGAAUGGGUUUAUUCCCAUGUGAUGGUAAUAGAUGUAUUCCAGCUUCUAAACGUUGUGAUCAGCAUAAAGAUUGUUAUGAUGGCACUGAUGAAGAUAACUGUGAUUCAUUAAAUAAUAAUACAAGUAUACAAGUUUCUUUAAUGUUUGUUGAAGAACAUGAGUCAACUUACAAUUCUCUUACUCUCUAUUGGGCACCACCAAAAAAUAUAAGUAUUGAAUAUUUGCCAUCUAUUUGUGAGUCCCGAUUACCUGAAACUCGUGUUAAUAAAACAUGGAUAAUAAAAAAUAAUUACAAAUUCACAUCACUCAAACCAUAUACUUCUUAUAAUAUGACUGUUUAUGUUCGUCAAAAGGAUACUCCUAGUAUAAUUUAUCCACCAGCUUUUUAUAUACUUGCAUCAACAACUGAAGGAGGAGUUCCUAGUGCACCAUUGAAUGUUAUUGUUCAACAAGUAAAUGCAGAAGAAGUAUUAGUAACAUGGACUAAACCUGAAAACCCUGCAGGCCGUAUUUCUUCUUAUAAUGUAUAUGUAGAACCACCGCAUCCAGCAAUGGUUUUAUCUGUUGAAGCGGAUUUUAAUAAUGCGACUCAAUCUUAUCCUGUCAGAUCUUCAUUAUAUCGUAAAAAUAUUGAAUAUAAUUUUUGGGUUACUGCUAAGUCAUCAGAAUAUGAGUCAGAACGCUCAGCUGUUAAAAGAUUCCGAUUUGAUGAAGAUUCUUUGGUAGAUGUGAAUUUAAAAUUAAAUAUAUCUAAUAAAACAGAAAAUUCAAUAACAGUUACCUGGGAUGAUGUAGAACAUGCUGUCGGAUUUAAUGUGAUUGCUGCAGCACCUGUUAAGGAAGGUCCUUACCCUAAUUCAAUCCAAUCAUUUAAUGUAUCAAAUGAAAGAAGUGUUCAAAAAUUAACGAUUCCCAAAUUAUCACCUGGAGUAGCCUAUACAAUAAAUGUUACACCAUAUAACAGCCGAUAUACUGGAAUGAAAUACACUAUUGUGACUAAAACUGAAGGUCAACCUUUGCCUUAUGUAACAAAUAUUUCUGGCUCUUUAGUAAGUAUCAAAGAUAAAAAAGAGUCCUCAAUUAAAGUUCAAUGGAAUCCACCAAAACAAAUGGGAAAAACAAAAUGGAUAUAUGGGGUGUAUUAUGGUACAAAUACUAAUGAGCUUCUUAGUGGAUAUAAAUACAAUACUACUGCAACUUUAGCUAUUCUGAGCAAUAUUGAAUCUUGUACAUCUCUUAUGGUUGAUGUUGGUAUUAUUGGCCCAAUAGGAGUAGGGCCAUUAUCAAAGAAACCACUCGAUAUAGUUACACCAUUUGAUCCAACUGUUCCACCUAAAGAUAUCAAAGUUGAACAAAUAAAGAAUUCAUUGAAAGCAAUGGUUAUCAUUAGUUGGAAAGCAUCUUGUCAUCCUGUUCAACAAUCUUACAGAGUGAGUAUUCUUGAAGCAAAUAAGAAUGAAAAAUUUGAUGUUACUAUUCCCAAUGUCUCUGAUUCUGAAGCAAAAAUAAGUUUCGGUAUCAAGUAUGGUGGAAAUUAUUAUAUUUGUGUUUCUUCUUAUACUCCUAAUGCAGUAUGUUCCCCACUUAUCAAUUUCCGAGGUCCAGAAUUACCUAUUCCACAUCAAAUUAAAGUAUUUAAUUUGCCUAAUAAUCAUUAUGAAAUUUCAUGGCACAAUCAUAGUUUACCUUCUGAACUGAACUCGCCGGUGCAUUACUUAAUACAUGUAUCUGAAGGAAAUCAAUUAAAUAUCACAUCAGCUAAGACUUAUAAGGCAGAUAAUACGCCAUUCAUCAUUAAUGAUCCUCCUUUAGGAGAACAACUAUCAGUAGCUAUACAGUUAGCUACUGAAGAUGGAUAUGUUUCUCAAAUGUCAGAAGUGUUUUCUUUCAUACCAAAUAAUGAAAAUCGAUCUCAAGACUCUAUUGUAGUUCGUGUAAAUAAUGGUUGGUCAUCCAUAAUAUUAGUAUUGUUAGUUAUCGGAUUGUCAGGAGGAUUAGCAUAUUUUGUGAUCAGGCAUAGAAAUCUCCAAAACAGUUUUGUGCAAUUUGCAAAUAGCAGAUAUGAUACCCGAUCUGGUUCAGCUACAUUUACUGGUGUUGAUAGUCUAGGGUUAGGAGUAUUUAAAGAUGAUGAGCCAGCAGUUCAAGGUUUCUCAGAUGACGAGCCACUAGUCAUUACGUAAAAUCAAAAAACCAACUUUUUCGUCAUCUGUGAUAUGUGUUAACUAUUCAUUUCAUUUAAAUUGACAUACUAAGUAAUUUAUCUGUUAACAAAAUUACUCUACUACUUUAUAUUACUACUUACUUAAUACUUAAUUUCCAGACUAUUUUUUAUAUAAAUUAUUAAACAUUUCUUCUCAAAGGUGUGUGUUGGUGAACUUAAAAACUAUUAGAAAUGGAUAUUAUAAUCUGCAUGUUUACUUAUAACAUAUAAAUUUGAAAUUAAUUAUUAAAUAUUAAUCAAAUUAAAAAUUUUUAAACCAUAUAUUUUUCUUUUGUGUACUAUGGAUU